CUGAGUCGGGAAAUCGAUACCAAAGCAAAAUAUAAGGUGAUGGUCAUGAGACCAUCACCUCAUGUUGAGAGUUCUUGCCUUUUCUCAUCCCUUACAGAUCCAAUCUAGCGUAGUAUAGCCAACAAUACGUUGUAGUUGGCUUUCGUACCGUUUCAGUGUUAGAUUGUUUGUGAGGUGUUAGAUAGGGUUUGAUUCAAGAUGGCCAGCUUCGAUGGUGAAUCGUGGAUGGAGAAACUACCAAAACACAAGCAAAUGAGUCCACUUCAAGAGCUUGUGAUUCCCGGAACACACGACUCCUGUUCAUUUUCAGUCUCCGUCGACAACGAUCUUAGUCCAUCUGAACCGAAAUGGAUGAAAUUACUGGUCAAAAUAUUUGGUAAACUGGCAAAAUGGGUCAUUUAUAGAUGGUCAAAAACUCAAGAAUUGGAUCUUGGGCAACAACUUAUCCGUGGUUGUCGGUAUAUUGAUAUGCGCGUCGCUCUAAAUCCCACUAAUGGGGACUUUCAAACAGUUCAUGGCCUCUAUGGUGGACGGAUAAGAAACCUCCUCCAGCCUGUCAAAGCAUUUGUUACUGAUCACCCAAAGGAAGUUGUGAUUUUAGAUUUCAAUCAUUUCUAUAAUAUGGAUGCUAGUGCCCACCAAAAAUUAUCAGGGGUAAUCAAAGGUCUAUUUGGAGACAGACUUCUUCCUCCUGGAAAAAUUGGAGUCCAAAUGACAUUGAACGAUGCCUGGGACAUGGGGAAGAAUGUCAUUGUCACAUAUGACUACUCUGAUGUCAUUGAAGACAACCCUGAGUUCUGGUCGGGCUCAGACAUUUAUUCCCCUUGGGCCAAUACUUCAAAACUUGCAACAUUAAUCAACUUCCUGAACACUGAAACCGAAAGCCACAGCCUUCCAAAAGGUUCUUUCCACAUUGCACAAGGUCUUCUUUCACCAAACACCAAAGUGUUACUGGCUCAUCUUACUAGUAGUCUAAAGGCGACUCUUGCUUUGAAGGCGACUCAAGGUAUCACAAGCUGGCUCAAGAGUGUGGCUUUGAGCAAUGCUCACACUUUUAACAUCAUCAUAGCAGAUUUUGUGGAUUAUGAUGAGUUUGCAGAAACGGUUGUUGGUAUGAAUGCUGUGCAGGAUGCAGUGAAGGUCCACUAUUCAAUUGCAAUUUGUGAACAGAUAAAUAAAGUUAUUUGAGGUUUAUCAAAUUUAAACCAAAUGCAACAGUUAGUACAUGUACUGACAUGAGACCUUUUCCCAGCUGUAUAAAUCAACACAAGGUUGAAAAGGUAUGUUAAACAUCUCUGUGAAACAGUGUAGUUGCACUGAUGUUUCAGUGCAGAGCCAUUUUUAUGCUCCGACAAAGGGCUAAUGCUUGAAAUGUCAGCGCAGCUACUCUGUUUCACAGAGGCGUUUAACAUACCUUUUCAGCCUUGUUUUGAUUCAUACCUUGUCUACACCACGCCUUCAAAGACCAUCUAGUUUUUCUACAGCUAGCCUGUAGUCUUUCUAGUUAUACCACUGUUCACAGCAGAUAGGUUUCUGUUCUUUAUUCUUCUUUUUAUUUUUUUAUUUCUUUUUGACUUCCGGUCAGAAACAUAAAGAACUUAUCUACACCAGAGCUUUAACUGAAAUCUGGCAGGUAGAUUUGAUACAAAACUGUGAGACUAGACUAAACAGGGGGAAUCUAGGCUUAACAGUGGUUGUCAGUUAAAUGUGGAUUCACAGGAGUGUGUAGUGUGGUGCUGAGCAAUAUGGAGAUUCAGCUGAAAUAAUCCCAGGGACAUAAUAAUGGAUUUCUUCAGGCUGUGACUCACAAAAGAAAUCAUCUCAAAACAACUACUAAAUAAUACGAAGGUAGUUUGCAAGCAUUUGAAGAACAGAUUAUUACCAUUAUUACAACAAUAUCCCUGAAACAAAGGUCUAGCUGGAUCCCUAUAUCACUCCACUCGUCACUACGCACUCCUGAGACUCUGCACUUUUCCGGCAGCCCUAAACAGAGCAGGCGGGCAGGUAUGAUGUAGUAUGAACAGUUUUAUUGCAAUAAUUCAACCACAGAAUCAAUAGUUAACAUUUAUUAUGCAGUUUAAAAGAGAAAACUAGUAAUGAAAAGCUAUAAAGAGUAUGACUUUUUCAUUUUAUUGAAAUCCCUAUGACAUGUCUUAGAUGUUCUUGUGAUAAAUCUUGAGUGUAUAAGGUUAAUAUCAUUGGUUGGGCAGCAGGAAUAAAAAGUAUUAUGGGUA